AUGUUUGAUGCAAGAACUGAAACUCUAUCAAAUGAGACAAGUUAUUUUACUAUAUUUGAUAUCCAUCGUGUGGACAUUGAUUUUGGUUGUAUUAAUAUCCAGAAGCAACCUUCUAUAAAGCAUCCUUUAUUAAAAAAUCAUAAAAUCCAGCUUUAUCCAACCUUUACAAGAAACAUUGUGCAAAAAAGACCAUCUUAUGAUCUUAUGAUGUCGAUCACCCUCGAUACAAAUCAAACUACGACAUUUCAUGGAGGAUAUGCAUACGUUGGUGCAUAUAAUUUACAGCUUAAAGGAAAACAAUAUAGUUUAUCUGGAAUUUUGGUUGAGAGUGGUCAACCAUCUAAUUUAAAUAGCAUAUUUGAUGGCAUCAGGGUUAUGCCAAACUUAUAUAGAGAUAGUGAAAUUUACCUAACAUCACAUGUUUCUAGCAUUGGAUCGUUUAAAAAAUGGGUUGUUGUUCCCACAAUCAAACAGGCGUGCUAUAUUGGAUCUGUUUUCAUCGAAUCAUGGCAAAAGCAUCAAGAACUUGCAGCUGUUGAAGCAACCUCCAUUUCCAUGGCAGCUUGA